AUGUCCUACUACUACGAGCAGCGCAAGCAGCCCUGCCUGCUGCCGGCCGCGUGCCUGCAGAAAUGCGCCAAGACCGUGGAGCCCUGCGCCGGCCAGUGCGUGGAGGUGUGCCAGGCGCCCUGUGCCACCCAGUGUGCCACCAGCUGUGUCACCCAGUGCGUGGAGCCCUGUGCCACCCAGUGCGUUGAAGUCUGUGCCCCGCAGUGCGUUGACGUUUGCGACACCCCAUGUGCCACCCAAUGUGCCACCGUUUGCGCCCCGCAGUGCGUUGACGUUUGCUCCACCCAAUGUGCCACCAGCUGUGCUCCCCAGUGCGUUGACGUCUGUGCCACCCCAUGUGCCACCCAGUGUGCCACCAGCUGUGCCCCUCAAUGUGUGGACGUCUGUGCCACCCAAUGUGCCACCAGCUGUGCCCCGCAGUGCGUUGACGUUUGCGCCCCUCAAUGUGUUGACGUCUGUGCCACCCCGUGUGCCACCCAAUGUGCCACCAGCUGUGCCCCGCAGUGCGUGGAUGUUUGUGCCACCCCGUGUGCCACCAAGUGCGUGGAGCAGUGCCAGGCUGAGGUUUGCACCACCAAAUGCGUGGAGAAGUGCGAGACGGUGUGCCUGGAGCCCGCCUGCUCGCGGCCCUGCUGAGCYCGCUCCGGGCCCGGCUCUGGUGUCACCGACUCACCGGUGACGCUCUCCCGCUCGGACCGUCCCUGCCCUUCCUCGUGGAAAAUGUUUUCCCUCUGAGCUUUCCCCGUGUUUUCUCUCCCUGCAUUUUCCCUUCCUCUCCUGCUCUGCCCAGCGCUUUCCCCCUGGCCGUUCCCGAUAUUUUCCCAUUGGGAAUCUCAGGAAAUGCCGUCACCGGGCGCUGCUGGAAGAUGAUUUCCCAAUGUCGAUGAUUUUCCCUUUCCCUUCUCCUCUCCAUCUCAGUCCUGUGAAUUCCCUGUGCAGCAAUAAAAAUUGACCAGCGAUGUCA